AUGUUGACCAUUUCUUCGUUUGUUUUCUUCGUUCUGCUUGCCGCCAUGGCGGCGUACUGGCGCCAGGAUCUAUUUGAGCUUGUUGGAAGUGUGGUGGUAGUUUCUGCGGUGCUUGUCGCGGGGGCUUGCAGUCUGAGCAGUGGUCCCCGUGCCUGGUUCUUGUGUUUGCUACAAACUGUAGCGAAGUUGGCCGUAGAGCCAAAAAUUGAGAUUGUCUACGCCGAGGCCGACGAGGCCUCGGCCAAAGAAAACGCAAGGCUGAGAGCCCAGGUGGUGGAUUUGGAACAGCAGCUCCGUGGUACGGAGGCACGAGCACGUGUUUCCGAGGUAGCCCGGGAGACCGACAAGAAACGCCACGACAAGGAGGUCCGACACCUGGAUUCUCAAUUGGCGACCGUCUCCCGGGGUGUCAAGGAAACCCUGCGCGCGAAGGAUCAGGCCCUCGGCGAGUGCCGCCACUGGCGGCGCAAGUUUGAGGACCUGGAAGACCUACAGCAGCAGGCCCAGGAAAACCCUGUUCGCGGGAUCCAGGGACGUGCUCGUUGGGCCCCGGCCAAGGAAUACGGAGUGGUGAAGCGGGAAUGUGGUCGACCGGCAAGAGAGUUGACUGCCAUUGCGCAGGUGGCGAUCGUCAAUGCGGCGUGGAAGUCCAAGAUGGUCAGUUGCGAGUCCAAGCUGGCAAGUUUCGAGAGCGAGGCCAGAGACUAUGUGGCUCGGACAACUGGCCAGAUUGGGUCUCUUCACGCCGCCGCCACCGCGCUCAGCGAGGAGAACGCAUACCUCAAGAAGCAGAUCCAGGCAAAGCCCGACAUCUCCCACGAGCUGGCCCAGCAGCGACUAGAGGAUGCGGUGCAGCGCACAAUGGUGUUUGCCGACCAGCAGCAUGAGGAGCGUGUCAACUCGCUGAAGCAAACUUACCUCAAGGAGCUGAUGGCAGCCAAGGUCGACUACGAGGGAAAGCUGAAGAAAGCAACAGCAGAAAUUGAGGCAAAGGAGACCGCGCUGGCCCAGCAGCGUGAGGCGGCUGAGAGCGCCACCCAGGAGAUCAACUCCUUGAAGGGCCAACUCGCCGCCAACGAAGCGCAGAUGGGCGAGCUGCGGGAAGCCAAUGCCAAAAUUGCUGGUGAUCUACGGGUCACGAAGGAAGAAAAUGCCAAGCUUGACCAGCAGUUGGAGCAAGGAACUGCUGAGGUCGUCAGGCUUGUGCAGGAGAGCGACGGCCAUGAAAGGGCCGGCAAGAGGCUGCGAGAGAAGUACACUAGGUUGAAGUCUACGAACAACACUCUUGUGGAGGAGAAGGUGCGCCUUGAGGGGGAGGUCGAGUGGAGGGAGGUAGCGCUGUGCGAGGCUGCAGAGUCAGGUGAAAAGGCUUACCAAGAGGUGCACAAGUUGAAGCACCAGGUACAAAGAUUGGAGGACGACAACCAAAUCCUGGCGGAUCAUAAUGAGGAGAUCUUCUGUCACUCGAUAAGAGAAGACCUCAACCACCAGCAGACUCAGGCCAGAGUGAGCAACCUCGAGAACCAGGUGGCGAACUAUCAAACCGCAGAAGCAGCGGAAAUUACUCAAGCCGUGCAAGGGUUCGGUAUGAGUGCUGACUAA